AUAAAAAUUUCAAGAGAAUAGAUCAUUCAGACAAUCGUAGGAAAUAUGAAUGUGGAAAAUUUAUUUGCUACAAUGGUAUGCUUUAUGUCUGCGUGCGAAAAUACUCGAAAUUUGAAUAAAAUCCAAAUAAAUUCAGUUAUCUCGACACCACUCGAUGAUAUAUGGGGGUUCAGUUGUCGCGAACAGGCAAAGUCUCUUUCUACACAACUCACGAACUUAGAACAGCUACAAGAUGAUACAGAUGCACUACUGAGCAGCAUUGAGGAAUCUAUAAGGGAUAUAACAGAUAAAAUCGGAAUAAAUGAGAGACGCAACAAGCGAGCAGUGACUAACUUAAUUGAUAAUCCAUCGUUACAAAUACUUCCUUCUGAAAGAAUUUAAGGAGGAGAUAAUACCUAUAAACCCUUUUUUGUUGGGCAUAUACAAAUGACUGCUGAUGGCAUUGGACUAACAUGGACUGGGCAAUUAAUUGGUCAUAAAUUAAAUGGUGAAAUUUUCAGAUAAAAUAAUACAAACAUAUUUAUAUA